AUACUGGUCGGCUAUCGGAUAUUCCUAUCGGCAUUAUCUUUGUAACGUGCUCCAAAGUACACAGCAUCAGCUUUUUCCGAUCGGCCAACCAUCGAAUGGGCUCACCGCUGACGAUAUACGAUCGCGACUCGUCGAAUAUGCAAAAUUUAUUAAGUUUGCUUCUCGAUUGCAGGCAGUUUAUACAUAUUCAACCUACCGACAGUACGUAAAAUACUAAAUGACACUGUCGUGUGUCUUCGUGUUCCGUAUCUUUCGAAGUUAAAUACGUCAGCGUCGUUUAGAAAAAGUCGUGCUGUACUAUAUCAGGAAACUCGCCGUGGGCAAAGUUUGGAAACUGUCGCGAUUUUGCGCUGAUCGGAAACGACACGAUCGCGAUGGCUUCUGGCAUUUAUGUCCGUUUCCACGACUCUGCGAGUGAAAAGGCACGAGUAGAACGAUUCGAUGGUGGCGAGAGAGGAGACGGCGCGUGCUGUCUCGCGGGACUUUCGGUCGCGCCAAUCUUCUCCGUGACUGAAAGGAAAGCCAACCCAAGGAUCUCGAUAUUCGCUUAUCCUACGAUGCGAAGAAUCGGUCAGUGCGCCGGAAGUCAAGAAGCGAAUGGCUACUUGUGUUGCGCGUUCGCUGGCACCGAAUACCUGCUCGGUCAAGCAACUUUCCCAGACUUUUGCCUGACGGUUUGGCAAUGGAAAACCGGUGAACGACUGACAAAAAUCAACGGAACGGAUAUGACGAUGUUUGACAUCGAUCGCACGAGACUCGUAUGCUCGACCGAUUCGACCCACCUGGUAGCGCGAUUUCUGCCAUCCACCGGCACGCUUUCAGUGUACCGCGUGUUGACUUGCUCCGAUACCGUUCGACUCUUUCCGAUGGAAGUCCACUCGGAGCGCACUGCAGUUUCCUGUUCCUGGUCCACGGACGGAACUUUGCUCUGUUGCGACGAAAGCGGCACCGUUUGGUCCGUCGAUUUCGAGCAGCAAGUGGACCCUGGCGUUCGAACAAUCGUCCGACGUCUUGACGAAGAUGAUGGAACGAUUUCACCGCGAAGAAACCCCACGUUGGUGGGUCACGGCGAUGGCACGUUGGUCGUCGAUGGCGCGACGCACGGUCGCGAGGUUCGAGCAACGUUUUACAGGAAACUUUGGAAAGAUCAGAACGAAGAAUGGCGCCCGGCUUGGACGAUUUCGCUACCGUCGUACCCGAGACACGCAGAAAGCGAUCCAAGUCAAGAUAGAAUCUUAAUGCUUGGGGAGGACGGCGAUCUCUUUGAGAUAAUCGGUUUGCUGCAUCAUUGUCCCCCUCGCCUCGAGUUUCUACUACGAGAUGACACGGGUUAUGCAAAUAUAGCUGCGUUACAUGGCCCAUAUUUAGGAGCUUUAGACCAAACUGGUCGUCUGGCGGUCAUUGACGUUGCAACUGCUGAACUUGCCUCUCCGACUAUACAGUUAACACAUCACGGCAAAGUUGCCGAUUUCGUCUCGCAUCCCGUGUUACCGAUCCUGGUAAGCUGCAGCGUCACGGGAAACUGCCUUUUCAUCGAAUGGUAUCCUACGUUACCUGUCCGAAAGCAUUGCGUUCAUCUUCAACGAGAAGCUUUGGAUCGCGUCAAAUUUUCUAACAGAGGUCAUUUGCUGGCCGUUGCCUCGUCUCAAAUCGGGCGGCUGUUCCUCUUAUCGAUGAACGUCGUCGAACUCGAAGAACGUGAUUAUAGGGUGCCAGCCAGCAAAGUCGCGGCCUGGUUGAAUCUUGGACGAAAGGUGAUCGACUUUUUGAUCUACGAAAUGGACCAAGAUCACGCGAAAGCGUUGCUUCUAGUCGCGAACAUCGAAUCGAGCGACUCUCGAGCUGGGGACGAGAUCAUCGUGUACUCGUGCCGACUCUUCGAUCGAGAUGUCCACGUGGAAAACGCGGAUUGCUCGAUAAAACUUUUGUCUUCCUUCGAGCACCUGCACUAUGGAAAAGAAUCGAGCUACGAAAUAAUCGGUGUCCCGUAUCUCACGAAACAGUUGCAUCGGCUAGAGUUAAAGGAAGAUUUCCAAAACGCCUUACUCUCGGAAGCUCUACCAUCGCUGCACCAAACCAGAAGCAUCAACAUCGCCGUUCAUUACACGAAAUCUGGCGAAUCCUCGAGCCUGUUCACCUGCGGAUUCGAUGGGCUAAUCGUGUGGAGAGACUGCACCGAGCUCCGACGAGUAUUCGCCCUGUUCACAGCGCACCAUCGUUCCGAAGGUGGUGGUCGACGCACAGUUCUCUUCAACAACGUGGUCGUUUCUUUGGGUAGAAACGGCGAUCUGGUCGCUAAUAGAUUACCGAACCGGAUGGUCGAACAGAAGGAUAGUCGAGGUUCGAGGUCAACCGAAUCCUAUUGUUGGAUUACACUGGACGACCGCUUGAAAACGAGAAAAAGCAAACAGGUGGAUGCGACAGAGAACGAGGAGACCGAAGGGACGGAGACGUGGAUGGAUAUGGUGAUUCGUCAGCGGUCGAUGGCCGAGGAGAAACAAGCUCUAGCGACUCGUCUCUCUCUUCUCGAUGAUUGGAACAAGCUGAAACGCCGGGUAAAGGCAUUGCUCGACUCGAACGAGACGGAACCACCGAACGCUCGACUGCCGAUUUCUGCGUUCGAUCUGGAUCAACGUGGUAGAGAGCUCGCAUUAGCAGCGGCCAGGUCAACGGAAAUCGAAUUGACGAAGAACGCCGAGGAAACAAUCUCGCGCCUGAAUCAAUCGAUACUCUACCUGCGCCAACGAUUUCUAGAUCCCUUGAUCGUCCGACCGAGGAGCAUCUUUUCCUUGUUCGGUGAAUCGAAGGUCACCAAUUAUCCUCUCGAUAAAUUCGUACCUCGGGAGCAGACGUAUAUUCCGCCUUGGUGUCAAUUUUCGAGAAGAAUGAGAGAACUUGUGUCUAGAUUGGAGGGCGAAGAAAAUUCAGGAACGAUCGAGAACCCACAGUCUCGUUGCCACGGUUUUGUAGACGUGCUCGAAACGUGCAUUAUCACGGAUCACCAAGAGCGCGAGUUAAAAGUAAAGUUCAACGAACUGUUUGAAAAGACACGGUCAACGAAGCAAAGAGAGAUGCGAGCGGCGAACGAACGCUCCAAGGAAAUGCGUCGGCUCGUUCUCGAGCUGAAGCGUGUGUUUCACGUGGACGCGAGUGCGAAACUCUUCGAGCCUCCACAGUGGCAUCCAAGGGAAAUAAUCGAGGACGAAUUCGAGCGAGACGCGAACACCAUCGACGAUGCACGAUUAAAUGGACCCGAAAGAAACAACGAGAACGAGAAGAACUUAGUUGAAGACGAAGUAGAGAUCGAAACGAAAGUCGAUGAUUUUCGUGAACAGAUGCUCGACAGGAUGAUGGACGGUGUACUGGAAGUUAGAUUGGAACACAAUGCAAAGAGGAGCAUUCCGAAACCCGACUGUCUCACCCGGAAAGAUGCAGCUAGUUACACAGAGGAGGACAUUCGGGCAAUCGAGUCGUACGAGAAGAAGAUUCGCUCUAGAGAAGUCGAUCGGCAGAGGUACAAGUCGAUGCUGGAGGCCGAGAUCGAAAGGAUCAGUGGAGAAUUCUCGAACAGCGCGAAGUCUUUCCACGACGAAUUGAACGAACUAUCCAAAGAAAAGAUACAAAUCGAACGAUCGAUACUCUCACAGAGAUUGAGCAAAAUGCAGGCGAUCCUACACCAUCGAAAAAUCGUUCAGAAAAGACGGCAGAUACGACGGACUAUCGAGUUGGAACUUGUACCCGCGACGAAGGAGGCUGACACACUUGCCGAAGAACGAGAUUUGUUCGAGGCAGGUGUUGCGGAACUAAGAACCAGCUAUGAGAACGCGCGUAAACGAGAUAAACAGCUGGAGACAAAGUUUCGAUCGGAGUUUGCCGAACUAAAACCAUCGGUACCGGAACAUCUGUUCCGACAAUACCGCAAAAGACCGAGAUUAUUGACCGCGCAUGGACCCUGCGGUACGUCGGCUGCGUUUCUCGCUGAACUCGCUGUUUGUAUCAUUGAACAGCGAAACUCCGACGUCUUGCCUCGAGAAUGUUCAAGCUAUCUUCGAGCUAUGGAUGAAUUAGACAGAUUACCGGAAGAACUGCAGAACCGAUUGCAGCCGGACUAUUGGCACCUUCUUUGCCGUCUUAGGAGACUCAAGGUAGAAGCGGAAAUUAAGGUGAAAAGCAACGCGAUCGAGUUGGCGGAAGCGGAACAGAGUUUGACAUUCCUGCGAAACGCGUGCUACAUCAGUCGAGACAAGGUCGAUCAGUGCAAACAGAAGAUAGAAAGAUUAGAGGAGUGCAUAAUGGAUUGCACGGAAAACAUAGAUACCACGUUAGCUCUAAAAAUGGGUCAAAUGUGUAUUGAACCGAAUGACUGUCCAAGAACUUAUUGGAAGGAUAGGAAGGAGAACGCAGUUUCAUCACUGAACAAGCCAAUGAUGCGCGUACAUCGGACGAUUCAGAAACUAAAAAUUAAAUCGGUUAAAAAAAUAAAAUCGUCCGCCUUGAAAGAAUUCCAGAUUAUAAAUAACGCCGGUUUGUAUCAAGCGCAUCACCGUGAAUGCGUGAACAGGGUGCAGAAUUUGCAGAAGUACAAAGGAAAUGUACAACCGAAAAAGUCGAGCACAAUCGCUCACGAACGUUACCAACGCUUUAAUAAUCGAAUGAUGUCCCCAGAGGAGACGAGAUGGAUUACCGAAUAUAAGUCGGUUUACGACACUGCAAGCCGAAACAGAGCCAAGCUGAGAAGCAUCGAGGAAGAGAUUAAAAUCUGGAAGCAAACACAUAACGCGGCGGCGGAGAAGUUGGAAGAAUUGUUAUUAGAAAAGGAAAGUACGAUUGGCAAACUGAACGAUUCUCUGCGUUUACGCCCCUAUUAUUUACCAAGAUACAACAUGCAAACAAUGAUACAAAGAAAUGUAAUGCAGAACGUUCGGGACUAUACCGAAGAAUAAUCACUUUCCGAAGCCAGUCCGGAAAAUAACUGGUUACUAACUUAUCCGUUUUCUAACUGUAGAUAUUACUGUCUUAUUGGAAUAUCCAAUCUACAAUCUUUGUUUCGAUUCAUUCAAUUCAUAUCGUUUCAUUCAAUUUAGAAUGUUUUAGUCGUCAUUUUUAUUUCAUACGAAGCUUCUGGCUAAUGUACAUAUGUGCGUUUUUAUGAUCGUGUUGAUUGUAUCAGAAAUAAUCUAUCAAAAUGAUCGCGUUCAAGCCUAAUUAAUUUGCCGACAUCACUGUAUCUCUUCGAUCGAGAAUAUGCAAAACGCUUCCAGAUUUUCCCAAACUCUGCCAAUAUAUAAUAUAUCAGGCGAUAUGAAUAUGAAUGAAAAACACGUAAACGUAGGUCGUUAAAAAAUUAAUCAGAAAAUUCCAGGAAAAUUUCUAUCUGAUAUUUGCCGUUAGAUUAUUGUAUCAAUCUUUCAAUGGUAAAAUAGAUUUUCAUUGUAUGAAUAAUAUUUAUGUGAACAAAGUUCUGUUUUUUAUGGAAUCAAUGAAAUAAAUUAUUGAAAUAUACUCGUACCAAUGAUUACUACAAACA